GUUUUUUCCAACCUCACUAAAGGGGGUCGCGCUCAACUGGUACACCCAGCAUCCUGCUGAGUCAAUUGACAGCUUCAACACUCUAGUCAGGCGAUUCACGGUGCAGUAUGCAACGAUCCGGCCUCACCACAUCACUUCAGCUGCCCUGGCCAGUCUCAAACAGAAUGAUGACGAGCCACUCCGGGCGUUCAUGGAGCGAUUUGCCGCCACCUUGGUCAAGAUCAGAAAUCUGAAACCCGAGGUCGCCCUGCAUGCCAUGCUCAUGGCCCUCAAGCUCGGACCCUUCAUCGACAGCUUGUGUCGUGAGGCUCCUCGCGACAUGGACGAGCUCCGCGCUCGUGCUGCGGGCUACAUCUAG